UAUUGCCUUGCAAUGCCUCGCAAUCUACACACUGAAAUCACGUGUUUUCAACAACAUUAAGAGGACUUCUCAUAAGAAGCUGGCAAGAUGGCAACGAAACCGAUAGUUGCGAUGCUCAUGUUGUUUCUCCUGUGUUACACCUCGGAAGUCUCAGCACAGUGCAUCGAAUACUCUGUUUUGGGGAGUGGAGAAAGCAUGUAUGAUUCAUGCAUCUGUGAUAUCCAAGUGGGAUCUGUUCCAGGAUGCUCCAACCCUCCAAGCCCAGCUGAACUUAACCAGAUAGAAUAUAUACAGGCUCAGGUCACGAACAUUAGCAUUCGCAUCGACGAAGUGAAGGUGAAUGUCGAGACGAACACGGUCGAGAUCGAGAAGACACAAGCCAACCUCGAUGCCAUCACAUACAAGCUUGAGCGCAUCGAGAAUGGUGAUCUUAAGGUCAACCGACCAGAGUUUGAACUGAUCAUGGAAGAGAUUGAUAAACUGGAACUGGUCCUGGAAUUGUUAGAGGUGGAGAGAACCAACAAUCUGGAUGCUGUCGCACAGUUGGAAACAGAGCUCAAAGCCGUGCAGACAUUACUGUACGAUCUGAAGAAGACCCAGAAUGUUGAGAUUCUGCUAGAACAGAUCGAGGCACUGGAGGAGGACCUGGCACAAUGCGAGGCGAACGUGCAGCCGACCCCACUACCUGGCUCAGGAGACGACUUCUUGUUUGUGCCAUGGGAGGACGUUGCUAAUCAAGAUUCCUGCGCUCCCAUAUCUUCUCUUUCAUCUUCCUACACGGUGCGCACUUCAACCUACACGAAUGGGGCUUGGAUGCGAGACCCACUGGUCGAACCUGACAAAAUCUGGCACUUCAAAUUUCAUAGUUCAUGUCCUUCUAGCUCCAUCUACAGAUAUAUUGAGCGAUACAUCCUGUAUGAGAGCUAUGAGAGAGAAGCAUCCUCGGAGGCACAGACUUUCAGUCUAACAACAAACUAUGCCUUAGGUGGACCAGGUCUUGUAGCAUACAACGGAUCUAUCUACUUCACCUACUACAACUCAAGGACAAUGUACCGGUAUGAGGUGGCCACAGGCACGACGGUCAUUACCAAGAGUCUUGACGAAGCUGGCUAUGGCAGUACUGCUGCCUAUGAAUACAUGGGGCGUGCAUGCAGUGCUAUCGACUUUGCUGUGGAUGAGAAUGGACUAUGGGUGAUCUACGCAACAGCCAGCACGAGCAUGAAACUCUCCCGAUUGAAUCCUUGGACCCUUGACAUCGUACAGACAUGGAGUCUCAACUACGCCAAGAGCAGCUUCGGAAACUGCUUCGUCAUCUGCGCCAAGCUCUAUUGCACCAACCACUACAGCGCUAAGGAUUCCAAGAUCUCCUUCAUGUUUGAUACCGUGGCGGGCGUGGUGAGCUCCCCAGACAUCAGUCUUGGGAUUCGCUAUGGAGGACUGUAUACCUUGGACUACAACCCACGGGACCAGAAGCUCUAUGGAUGGGAUAAUGGCAAGAUGGUUCUCUACGAUAUCAGAUUUGGAAACUAGUUUCAACAUCCUACACAUCCCCUUUUAAGGUAGUCUGUCCCUUUUGCAGGCUGAAAAUAUAAAAUUAUGUAAAUCCUAUG